AUGAGGAAUGACAUCCCACAACACCUGACGUUCAUUGCCAGGCAGAUACUGCCACCUUUGUUCGAUCUCUUCUUUGCCCACUUCUUCUCGUUAUGUUGGGUCAUAAAUAUUUUCCAUUUUGGCUUAUUUUUAUUUUUCAUUUUUUCAUUCUUCCUUAUUUCUUUCAUUCUUCCUUUUUUUUCUUUUCCCCAUUUUAUCUUGCCUCCCUUCUUUAUCUUUCUUAACUUCAUUUCAUUUUCUAUUUCUUUUUGUUCAUUUUCAUUAUUCUUCUUGAUUUGUAUUUCCUCAUAUUUUUCUUCACAAUUUCAUUCUCUCUCACUUUCCAAUCUUUUUUUCUCUUCAAAUUUUUUUUUUAUUUUCCUCUUUUCAGAUUUUUUUCCUUAUAUUUUUUAUUCCUACUUCUUGUAUUUUUUCUAUUUCUCUUCUAUUUUUAUUCUUCAUGCAUUCAUUCCGUUUGUCAUUCAUACAAGUUUAUUUUUCUUUCAUUAUAUUUUAUAUCCCUUCCUUUUUAUAAUGUUUUCAAUUUUUCCUUUAUUUCUUUUUUUCAUCCUUUCUUUCUAUUCUAUCUUUCUUCUUUUUACUUCAUUUUUCAGUCUGCCUAAAUUUUUCCUUUCUUUUCUUUUUUCUUCAACAUUUUUCUUUCGUUUUUAUUUUCAUUCCAAAUAUUUUUCUUUUUUAUUUUUCUUUCAUUUAAAAAUAUUUCCUUUCCUUUUUUCUUUAUUUUCAUUCCAAAUAUUUUUAUUUUUAUUUUUCCUUCAUUUUUUUAAUAUUUUUAAGAAAAAUAUUUCCUUUCCUUUUUUCUUUAUUUUCAUUCAAAUAUUUUUAUUUUUCCUUCAUUUUUUCAAUAUUUUUCUUCCAUUUUUUGUUUUAAACAUUCUUUUCUUUUACUCUCUUACAUUUUCCAUACUUACUAAAAAAUCUCUUAUUACAUCUCUCUUUAUAGAUUCUAAAUUUUUAAUUCCUUUAUUUUUGUUUUCCUUUUUUUCUUUCAUGCUUUACUCUGUCAUUCUUUUUAAAAUUCAUAUUUCUUUCUUUCACUCUUUCCAUUCUUUUUCAUUCUUCUUUGCUUUCUUUUUUUCUGCAAAGCAUUUUUACUUUCCCUCUUUUUUCUUUACUUUUCUACUGAAUCCUUUUUCUUUCUUUUCUCUUCAUCUCAUUAAUGAUGUUUCAUAA